CUCCAGCUUGUCUCACUCGGCCCCGUCCCCUCCAAGGAUGCCCAAGGACCUCUGGACAGUGCGCAGGACCUCCUGGAUGAGGGAGCCUGGCCAGCGACUUCACGGGCCCUCUCAGGGCUACCUGCUCCUUCCAGCCACAGGCAAGGGCGCCAGGCCUGAGGUACACCAGGACAGCAGAGAAGACACUGGUGGACACUGCUGCUGGCUGCUGAGGUCCUGUGACAGGGUGCAGUGAUGCUCAUCUCCACUGCCUCGGUGCCUCUGGGGGCUGCUGGCCGGAGUCCCCAGGGAACCGUUGGUCCCCCUCCACCCUUGCUGCCCAAACCAGGGAAAGACAACCUGCGUCUGCAGAAGCUUCUGAGGAAGGCGGCUCGGAAGAAGAUGACAGGGGCUGCCCCUACCUCACCUGGGGCCUUCCGUGCCUCCCUGUCCCCUGUAAGUGAAGUCAGCCACGACUUGGAGACCACGGCGCCACGUUCUACAGAGCCCCCACGUCCUGCUGCGGCCUUGUACCCUGCCGAGGCCCCGCACACUGUGGUGCCCCUGCCCCGCUCCCCACACACCCCUGUCAUCCACCAUGUAGCCUCACCCCUGCAGCGAUCCACAUUCUCCUUCAGCCUCACGCAGCGCCAGGCUCUGGCUGCACACUUCAAGGCCCCUUCAAGGCUUGAAGCCCCAACCCCAGAGCCUGCCUCGCCCCCCAGUGGCUUUUCUUCUGUCUCAGCUCCCACAACAGGAGGCACCCAUGUCACUCAAGUGCACAUCCAGCUGGCACCAUCUCCAAGUGCAGGAACUCCUGAGCCCCCCAGGACAGCCCUGAAUGGGGGCCCCAGCAGCCAGAAUGGAGAGCCAGGCCUGGGUCUCCCCAGUACCCAGCCCCUGAUCCCAGUGGCCCACAUCCGCCCAUUGCCAGCUGGGGUCCAGGCUGUCAGUCCUAGGCCUGAGGAGCCCCCUACAGUGAGACUGCCCUCCAGCUUCCAGGCCUCGGUGUCCAGAGAGGCUGGGACCAGAGUGGUAGUGCCCAUCGCCCCCACCUACCGCUCACCUGGACCCUUACCGUACAGCCCGGCUCCUGCAGCACCUGAGGCUGAGCACUUGGAGCAGUUGCCUACAGCCAGCCCUACACCAGAGGUCCAGCGGGUCCCAUUGGCCCUGGCCUUGGCACCAGGGACCCACCCAAGUCCUGCCCCCAAAGUUGCACCCAAACCCCAACUCAGUGGCUGGACACGCCUCAAAAAGCAGCUAAUGGAGGAGGCAGAGGAGCCCCAGUUCCCAGGGCAAGAGCCCAACCUGGAGCCUGUUCAGGUGGAAGAACCCACUGUGGCCAGUUCCCGGCCCCCUGCCUCCCGGGCCUCCAGAAUGUGGGACGCUGUACUGUACCGCAUGUCAGUGGCCACAUCUCGCAACCACCCAGUAGAGCCAAAAGGUGGGGAGCCUCCCCCAGCUGGCCUCCCCCGCCUGCCCUUCUUGUACCGGCCUCGCUUCAAUGCCCGCAAGCUGCAGGAAGUUGCACGGGCCCCUCCCACACUCCAGCCCUUUGUCGUGCUGAGCCCCCAGCCCAAGAACUUCAACCGGACAGCAGCUGGCUGGAGGCUCUGGUGAAGUGUCCAAGACUACAGGGUGGACAAAGCAUGGCUGAGCUCUAGCAAGGAGGCCACAGCCAUUGCAGGAGGAAGCACAGCGGGGUGUGGGGUAGAGGGAGGCAGGUGUGUGAGUGUGUCUGGGCAGCCUGGGAAGGGUGCAUUCUGGGGCCCAGGAAAGCCUAGUGGAAGGGGACAGGUCAGGAAGGACAAGUCAGAGAAGUGGAAAAAGCAGGGAGAAUAGGGAGGGGAGGCCAGGGUCUCAUUGGUACUGGGGGACGGGUCUGAUCAAUGCAGUGCGGGAGUCUGAGGGGUGAGAAUUAGUGAGAGGGAGAAUAAGCAAGUGUGUGGGGAAGUGGGAAGUGGCAUUCUCUGACCUUGCCAGGCAGGCCGUGGAGCAUGCCCCCUAACUGUCAAAGCCUGGGGGAUGUAAUUCCUUCUGUGUGAGGUCAAAACUAUCACCAGCUCCAGUAGCUGUUUGGCAUUUGGGUGCCUGUGAAAGGCUCAAAGGGCUGUGGGAGCCAGACUCAAUGCCAGGAUGCAGGUGAGGGUGGAUGAGGAGUGUGCAGAGGCACAAGGAAAGCUGACUGGGCAGUGGAGGGGUCUGGCAGUGGCUCUGUCCACUGCACACUUGUUUCCCUGCCUCAGCUGACAACUCCUUGAGAGCUUGUUGGUUGGAGAGAGGGCAGGGUCAACCUGCUAGUCACAUCUGGGCUUUUAUGACAGAGUGAGGAAGGUGUCUUCGACAUCAGGGCUGAGAGACCAACCUGGCCAAAAUAUGUGGAUUGGAAGCUGAGGCUGGCACAGGGCACUGCAGGGGUCUCAGACUGCAAACAACAACCCUGAUGGGCCACCAACCACAAAAGAGGGACCCAGAGGAGCCAGGAAGGACCUUUAGCCCCGGCCAUCACACAGGACUUGGUAGGGGACGAAGGCAAUGGGGGUGGGCUGGCUGCCCUACUGGAUGUGAUAGGUGCUGAGUUGAGCCUGGGACCUGGGCUACCAAUAAACAUUUAUCUAACCACGCAGGUGCCUGCUCUCUGUCUUUACCAAAGUUGGGGGCAGCAAGUUCUUCCAUGGCCUUUAGCCAUGGGGACAAGAGAGCAAAAUGUGGGUCCUGUCCCCUUUAUAGAGCCAGUGCACUGACACAUGGAGAGUCCUGUACCUGGGACUCUGGCCUGUUCACUUUCUCUAGCAGUGACCUGGCUGCCAUUUUUCCCCAAUAAGCCCCAGUGCUCAUGGUGGGAAUCCUGAGGCAAGCUUUGAACUUCCUUUGUGUGGUGUAUGGGAAGGCCUGGCCCUGAAGAUGCAGUCUGGGGCUGGUGUGAGACAACGGACGAGUCUGCCUCGGGUCUGGAGGCCCAGCCUGGGUCUAGAUACAGCUACUUUUGGGGCUGGGACCUCAGGCCCCAGGGCCCAGCAGGGUAGACAAACAGACUCUGUCCUCAUUCUGGGAAUGUGGCAGAAUGGCAUAUUUCACAUCCAAUGUUCUGUGUUCUGGUCACUGCCC